GACAGGAGCGGAUCACUAAAGUUUCACUACAACUUUAGAACCUGAAGUCAUAUUUUGAUGUCAUUCGUGUUUUAUUCCUCGUGUUGUAAUCUGGUUUAAUCUUUUUAUUCUGUACGAUUUUUCGAAUGUAGGUUGUGUUUUGUUGGGACUAAACUUUUUUUCCUGUUUGAGUUGUGCUUCGGUGCGCGCUCUGGUGCCUGACUCACUGUUAUUAACUCUAUGUGACGCUUGGAAACAGGCACGAUACCAUGGCAGACACUGCCCAGCAUCAACAGCAACAGCUGGUUGACAUCGACCCGGAUUUUGAGCCUCGUUCGCGUCCCCGAUCGUGCACUUGGCCGCUGCCCCGACCCGAGUUCACCAACCCAGGCGACUCGAGCACGUCCUCUCCGGCUCCGUCGGUCAAGCAUGAACCGAGCGGCACUUCGGACUUCCUAACCAGUUUGAGCCUACUCGAGGAAACCGAGGACUAUGAGGACGAAAAGCCUCUUCUGUUAUGUCCAGAUUUUCAGUGCCAGGAAAACUGCGGGCACCACCAUCAUCAUCAGCAGCAGCAGCAGCAGCGGGCGCAGAUCUCCAGCUGUCCGGUCGCUCCACAACAACAGCAGCAGCAGCAGGUGCCGUUACUUUCCUCCUCAUCAGCAGCUGCAGCUCAGAGGAAGAGCGGCUCUGCUCGGCGCAACGCAUGGGGCAACAUGUCCUACGCAGAUCUAAUCACCAAGGCCAUCGAGAGUUCACCCGAAAAGCGUCUCACCCUCUCCCAGAUCUACGACUGGAUGGUGAAGAGCGUUCCAUACUUCAAGGACAAGGGCGACAGUAACAGCUCUGCCGGAUGGAAGAAUUCUAUCCGGCACAACCUGUCCCUGCACAGUCGCUUUGUGCGGGUGCAGAAUGAAGGGACGGGGAAAAGUUCAUGGUGGAUGCUCAAUCCAGAAGGCGGCAAGAAUGGCAAGUCACCCCGGCGCCGUGCGGCAUCCAUGGACAACACGGGCAAGUUUGCCAAAAGCAGAGGGCGUGCGGCCAAGAAAAAGCUCGCUCUUCAGGGUGGUCCUGAUGCUGGUUCUGAGAGCCCAGGCUCUCAAUACAGCAAGUGGCCUGGCAGCCCCAACUCUCACAGCAAUGACGACUUGGACGCCUGGACGACGUUCCGCCCUCGCACCAGCUCUAAUGCCAGCACAGUGAGUGGCCGUCUCUCACCUUUCAUGCCAGAGCAGGAUGACUUGGCUGACCCAGACAUGCACAUGGUCUACUCAGGCCCUGGCUCAUCUGCCAAAAUGACCUCCACCCUCCCGAGCCUCUCUGAGAUCACCAGCUCGCUGGGACAUGGCAGCACAGAGAAUGUAAUGGAGAACCUCCUGGACAAUCUCAACCUGCUUUCACCCAAAAACCCAGGAUCAGCAGGAGGGCCAGGUUCAAGCUCGAACCAAUCCUCCCCAUCCAAUCUGCUACAGAGCAGCCCAGGAUAUGCCCCAUACAGCAACCAGCAACCCCAACAGGACUACCGCAAGUGUAUGUAUGGUCAGGCAAGCAUGGCCAGCCUGUCCUCCAUGUCCAUGCAGUCUCUUGACAGCAAGCCAUCCUACACCGCUUCUCCUGGACCCAUGCAGCAGUUCAACUGCACACCCGGGCUGCUCAAAGAACUCCUAACCUCCGAUUCAGACCCACACACGGACCUGAUGCCCUCUGUAGAUACUGUAGUCACCCAGUCCGCAACUGGCAGAGGACACAUGUUGCCACCGUAUGGCAACGGACGGGCUGAGCUGAUGGGUGCUGGAGCCUCCCACGGUCACGUCCUGCCUCACUCUCACAGCAUGCAUGGACAGGCCCAGCCUACCUCACUGGCUCUGAACGGGCGCACGCUGCACCAACUGAGCAGCAUGAGCCACACGGGGCGUGUCGGUCCCGUCAAGUCAGCCAUGCAAAUGCAGUAUGGAGCCUCUGGCCACAUGGGAGGAGGUGGAAGGCCCGUACCAGGAGGACUUUCCUUCUGCAACAUAAACGGCAACGGUUAUGGCCCAGGACCGAGCCUGCCCACGAUUCAGCACAUGGAGAAGCUACCAAGCGAUCUGGACGGGAUGCCCGUGGAGCGCUUCGAGUGCGACAUGGAAUCUAUCCUGCAUGAUACGCUCAUGGACGGAGACACUCUGGACUUCAACUUUGACUCCAUGACCCAGCAGGGGUUCCCGCCUCAUGGGGUCAAGACUACCACUCACAGCUGGGUGUCUGGAUAAAAACAUCCUGCCUCUUAACCUGGAGACUAGAAGCCCAAAGGCCAACCUUGCUUUUCUGAAGCAAUGCUUUCUUCUUUCACUUCUCAUCAUGGACGUUCCCCUCUGCUUCACCUCCCGUUCAGCCAUGGCUGUGACAUGACUGCAUUCUGCCAAGGACACUUAUUUAGAAAGGAGCUGACUGAGAAAGCUCCUGCUUUGUUUUGUGUUUCGCCUUCGAGCCGAUCUUUAAACCAAGUGCCAAACCAGGUGCCUGUGCUCCUUAGCCAAAUCAGAUGUGCUUUAUGUGCUGCCUUCUCGCUGUAGAGAACCAGUGGCAAAAUCAAAUCAGGGCAAAAAUAGAACGGUCCGUUAGAGGACCGUUGAUCAGAUGCAGCGGACACAUACAGUACGCAUGCAAGUAUGCAUUAAUGUUAUUGUCACGAGUAUCAGUACAAUCAAAUCAAAUUCUCUGUUAAAUUUACACUGUGACAUCAAUCAAUGCAACUAUUAUUUUCAUUAUAAUCAGAAUUGUUCUCAAAGCCCUUUAAAUGCAUCUCUUUUCUUGACUUGACUUUGCUAUUGGAGUAAAACCUGCUGUGCUUUCUAAUGUCUAAAUGUAGUGCUAAAUACCAUGUUUAUUUCACGGCUGGCCUUACUGGGAAAGAAAACUGGAUCCUAAAGUGAGAUAUAAAUCGAGUAUACAUAGUUUUAACUGGAGAAGGUCCUUUACUACAGGACCUGAAAGAAGUUAGGGAAACUCUGCCUAUCUGGACUGUGUUACAUGCAUUAUAACACUUUCUGUGCUUUUGUUUUUUCAUGUACAAAUCGUUUACACAAAGAAUCCAUUGAUCAAGGCAGCGGAUUUGAUGUAUUUUAUAAAUUUAAAAGAAACAAAUCCGACACUUGACGUUUCGGUCGACUCAUUCUUACUCGGAAGGGUGAUUCUCAGUCAGACUAUGUAUCUGUUUCCACAUUUCUUGUAAAUAGAUGAUAAAUAUAUAUGGCAGAAGUAACUGAUAUAACUGAUACUUUCAAGAUGCUGUUUUUGUUUUAUUGUGUUUGGUUGGCUUUAGCUGCAGUUAGAUUAAGCUUGUACAAUGCAUUUCAACAGUGUUUGUGGUCCUUCAAGGACAUGUCCAUCCAUUAUUCAAAGUUUCUUCAGGUAUUCCUAGCCUGAAAGCUCUCUUAUAUAGGACUUUAUAAUCCUCUGUAAAUAGCCUACACUUAACAGUCUAAACAGUGUACCACAAUAUCCAUUUCUGUUUUACUUUUACAAAUUCACUUAUUACGGGCUGCUACUUAAGGUAGGAAAUUUGAAAAUUUGAAAACCAUUGGACAUCCUUCAACAUUUCUCACAGAUCUCUAACACAAGAGUCUUAUCCUAAUAGCUGAUUAUGUAAUUAUGAAUUGCAAUUUAGAUGGAUUCUCGCCAGUGUAAAUUAACCGCUGUCUAUGUGGUUAAACAAGCCACAGAGCUCUGACUUUAAGAACGUAUAGAGAAACGUAUUUAUUUAUUAGCCUGAAGGAAGAGAGAAGUGAUUGAUUCAUGUCAUUGAUUAUCACAAACCUGUUGUAUUUUUCAGGCCUUGUGAUGUACGUCAAUGUUUACUGAUGUACGUCAAUGUUACUGAUGUUUAAACCAGUGCUGCCGUUUGAUUAGAAUUUUGAGAAGGACAUCUUAAAUCCGAUUUUGUCUAAAGAGCAGCUCAUUUUCUUCUUAUUUGCUUUCUUUCUUUUUUUUUUUUUUUGCUUAAUUUCCCUUCUCUUCGUCCUUCUUGCUCUGUUCUCUGUGUUCUCUGUGUAAACAUAAGCCGUUAAAGAAAAAGAUUCCAUGUUAUGUACACUUCUUACAGACCUCGUACAACCAUUAUAAAACAGAUGUGUUCUUUUGCCACAGCCAUAUAUAGACUGGAAAGUUGUUUUUGUAUAUUAAAAGUCUUAAAACAUAGUACCAUACUAAAGGAUCUAGAUUGCAAAAUAGCAAGCAUAGUUUGGUAGAAUAAGUACAUAGUUUGGUAGAAUAAGUACAUAGUUUGGAUCUUGCAACCAACACUGACAAAAAGCAGAAAAGAAGGGUAGGUUAUUAAAAAAUGAAUUAUUUAUAUAUCAUAUUUACAAAAAAUUAGUUUUUAAAGCAUAAAAGCUCAAUUUUUAUUCAAUAAAAGGGAUUAAAUGCAUAGAGUACUAUUUUUGAGUGAUUGCUUCAUAAGCAGAGUUUAUUUAAAAAAAAUACUCAUACAGCAGAAUUAAAGCUCUGUGUGAGACAGCUUUAUAACUACAGUAUCCUUGCUGUACUUCAUACCAGCAUCAUCAGAUGUGCACAGUUUCAGUAUUAUUUCUCAACCAGUUAGUGCAUGUAAUUCAAAUAUAAACGGCCAACAUAAAGGAAAAGUAGCCAAUAAAUAAACGUUGUUGUUGUUUUAAUGCUUUAAACUGUUGGUGUAGCUAGUUGGUAUAUUAGUAUGCUUUAAGUAUUUAAGCGUUGGUCUGUCUAAACUGUGUAUGGGAGAGGAAAUGUGAAAAACAGGUGGGCUGAAAUGCACAUCUGGAGAACUACUGAAUGUGUCAAUCAUGGAACUGCAUGUAUUAAACCUGAUGCAACUAAUUUGACAGUCACAAUCACAGUUUUCUACUAAAUAGCCUAAUCAGUAGGCUAAAUUAAUAACAUGUAUUAACUAAUAAAUAAAUAAUAAAUAGUUUAUAAAUAAAUUAAUUACAAAUUAAAGAUAAAUUUAAUUAAGACAUUUUAUUUAUUCUUUUAUCUAUUAUUUCUUUUUUUUUAAUUUUAUUAAAUUACUCUAUAAAUCCCCUGAAACUCCUGGCAUGAGUAAAUUGUACAAUCCUGGCAUAUAAUUUAAAUCUGAACUGAAAUACUAUAGAAAAUCAAGCCCACAUCACCCAUUUAAUUAUAAUUAUUAAAAAUUCAACAAAGUGUGUGGUUACUUGUUGCACACUUGGCUUUAUUUUGACAUUAACAAGGUAAUAUUUCAACCUGGUUGUACGAGGACAGGGUAAUCUUUACUUCAGCACGGUUUUUAGUCUUUCAGAAAUAAACGAGGACCUGAGCAGUUAGAUCUAAGCUUAUUCUUAAACUUCAUGUGCAUUGUAUUGCUGAAUAAUUAAUUCGUACAUAAUUGUAAGACUUGAAUCUGUCCUGCUGGCUGAAUUCUGCUUUUUUUGAAUAUUGAUUUAUAUUUGAGCACACACUUGCAGCAGUUUCAUUGUCAUGUGAAAGUAUUUACAUAAUCAAAGUGCUAUGCAGCAGCUUUUUCUUUAAUAUCCUUUAAUAAGUCGAAUUGAUAAAGAAAAUACUUAUUUAAAAAAAAAUGGCAUUUACAUGUGUUUAGUGCGGUAUAUACACUGGCAGGUAACUAAAAUAAAAAAAUAAAAAAUGUAUAAUACUAAUAAUAACAACCUGCCAUGUCUAUUAGAGAACAUUAUUAAUUAACCAGUAAAAUAUAAAUCUUGUGCAGGCCACUCAUUGUAAAUAUAAUAUAAACUGUAACAUGAAAGAUUUUACUAAUAUUAAAACAUAAACAUGAAAAUAUUUUACAUAUGGACGAGCUGAUCUGUAUUAUAUAUGCUUUGUUAAUUUAGCCUUGCGCUACCUAUGCAUUCUUGUACUGCAUUUUUGGUUAUUUUGGUUUGUUUUACUGUUUAUUUCAUGUACUAUGGGAUAUUGGAGAAAUUAUUAUAUGAGAAAAUAUGAAGUAUUUAGACAGUAGAUGAGCUUUUACACGAAAAGCUUUUUUUUGUAAACUUAUUCUUGUAUUUUGCAGCAGUUUGUAAAUUAAACAUAUAUAAAAAACGUAAAAAUUGUUUUUUAAGUAAAACAAAAUCAGUCAUGUGUUUAUUCAGAUUAAGGUUUGGACCAAUUUUGAUAAAAGAGAAUCUAUACAUUUAGACAUUGCACUUUCAUAAAAAUACAAAAAAAAAAACAAAGCAGUGAAGAUGUGACCUAUUUUGAAACAAACUGUUACAUUUCUUAACUUAUGUACAGAGAAAUUCACAAUUAAAUUCUAUUUCUUAAUGUGCAAUCAGUGUAUGUACAAAUUAAACAAAAAAUCUAUAUAAAAGGAAAAAAAACAUUGUUGGAGAUCAUUGCUGAAAUGUCUUUCUGAUUUAUUUUCAGAUUGUUCUCAGUAAGCAACUGUCUCUUAUCCAAACCAUUUGUACAGUGUGAAUCCAUAUAUAUAUAUAUAUAUAUCUCUGAUUUACUUCUGUGCUGUCGCCCGAUGUGCUUGUAUUUCUAUACAUCAACCAGACUAUGUUGCUGCUGUAUGAAGCCAUAUGUGUACAUAAAUGAUCUUAAACCAAGAACAA